UUUUAGCUUCUGGUAGAAAAAAAAAAUCCGAGGGUGUGACGUCAAACUCCUGCGACGCUCGCACGUGAACGCAGCAGAGAUGGCAUGCGAACGGCUGCAGUUUCAUGAAAUGGGUUUAGACGACCGCCUGCUAAAGGCGGUCGCAGACCUGGGCUGGUCUCAGCCCACCCUGAUCCAGGAGAAAGCCAUUCCUCUGGCUCUGGAGGGGAAGGACCUUCUGGCUCGAGCUCGGACCGGAUCUGGGAAAACCGCCGCCUACGCCGUUCCCAUCAUCCAGCACAUCCUGACCUCCAAACAGAGCGUCCGGGAGCAGGCGGUCAGGGCGCUGGUCCUGGUUCCGACCAAAGAGCUGGGCCAGCAGGUCCAGACCAUGAUGAGGCAGCUGACGUCCUUCUGCUCCAGAGACGUCCGAGUGGCCGACAUCUCCAGCAAGGCGGACGUUUCCUCUCAGAGGCCCAUCCUGAUGGAGAAGCCUGACGUGGUGGUGGGGACGCCGUCCCGUGUGCUCGCCCACAUCAACGCGCACAACCUGGACCUGCAGGCCUCCCUGGAGGUUCUGGUCGUGGACGAGGCCGACCUGAUCUUCUCGUUCGGCUUCGAGGCCGACCUCAAGAGCUUGUUGUGCCAUCUGCCAAAGAUCUACCAGUCCUUCCUGAUGUCGGCCACGUUCACGGAGGACGUCCAGGCUCUGAAGGAGCUGCUGCUGCACAACCCCAUGGUCCUGAAGCUGCAGGGCUCUCAGCUGCCGGACAGCAGCCAGCUGCAGCAGUACACCAUCAAAUGUGAGGAGGAGGACAAGUUCCUGCUCAUCUACACGCUGCUGAAGCUGAGGCUGGUCCGCGGGAAGACGCUGCUGUUCGUGGGCGCCGUGGACCGCAGCUACCGCCUCAAGCUCUUCCUGGAGCAGUUCAGCAUCCCCGCCUGCGUCCUCAACUCCGAGCUGCCCGUCCAGUCCAGGUGUCACAUCAUCACCCAGUUCAACCAGGGCUUCUAUGACAUCAUCAUCGCCACCGACGAGCAGAGUCUGAGCCCGCCGGCGGGUUCCUCCCAGACCAAAGGAAAGGAGAAGAAGAACGCCAACAAAGGAGGGAAAGCUAAAGAUAAGGAGUUUGGAGUCUCCAGAGGCGUGGACUUCCAGAACGUCGCCAAUGUCAUAAACUUUGACUUCCCCCCGACGGUGGAGUCGUACAUCCAUCGAGUGGGCAGAACGGCGAGAGCGGACAACCAGGGCACGGCGCUGUCCUUCAUCUCCCACACGGAGCUCCCCCUGCUGGCCGAGGUGGAGGAGGCUCUGAGCACAGACAACAGCGAGUCGGUCCUGAAGCCGUAUCAGUUCAGGAUGGAGGAGAUCGAGGGCUUCAGGUACCGCUGCCGGGACGCCAUGCGCGCCGUGACCAAGCAGGCGGUGAGGGAGGCCAGGCUGAAGGAGAUCAAGCAGGAGCUGCUCAACUCAGAGAAGCUGAAGACGUACUUUGAUGACAACCCCAGAGAUCUGGAGCUGCUGAGACACGACAAAGACCUCCACCCCGCCGUGGUGAAGCCGCACAUGAAGAACAUCCCCGACUAUCUGAUUCCCCAGACGCUGAGGGGCGUGGUCAACCCGCUGUCCGGCAGGAGGAAGAGGAGGAGGAUCAAACCCCCGGUGGAGGGAGUGGUGAGGAGCAGCUUCAAGAAGAACGACCCGAGCAGAAACCCGCUGAAGAGCUUCCGCUACACUGGAGGCAGAAACAAAGCACCCAGAGCUGGGAAGUCGUCGUGAGGGUUGGAGCGAGAGGCGUUACCAUGACGACAGACGAACUCUUCCUCCAGCAGAGACAGGUCGUCACAGAAGACUCUCGUUCUUUGGUGGAAUAAAACGUUCGUAUUGGAGUUUAGAAAGUAGACCUGCUGCUUCCUUUGGACUGAAGAGGCGCGGGAGGCGGCUGAGGUCAACAGGGGGCGCCACAGAGUUUGAGGAAAAUCAAACGCAGAGAGAGGAUUGUUUGAUUUUCUUCAGGCUCUUUAUUGACUCUCCUUAAUCUUAAAAGUCUUC